AUGGCUACCAUUUCUGCAAGUUGCUACCUCUUUGUUCCUAUUCUUUUGUCGUUAUGCCACAUAACACUAUGUGCAACAGUGAUAGAAGACCUUAAAAACUUACACCAACCUCCAGAUUUUAACUCUACAAUUAUGACCAACUGUCUCAAGAAUCCAUCUCUUAGGUACUGUAGUUCUUCUCCCACGGACCUUGAUGAAAUAUUCAAAUAUACUAUUGUUGCUAGCCAUCUUUGCAAUGAAUCAAAGAACCCCAAUUGUGUGGAGUCAUUCCCUAAAGUUGAUCUUAGAAACCGACCAAAUGUUGCACCUCUUUAUUUGUCAUUUGAUUUCUUUUGGAGGUAUUGCCCCUUGAGCAUUAUGUCCAUUGAUUUGUCCAACAAUUCUAUGAAGGGUAGUUUUCCAAUUGAUGUUCUCUAUUGCACCCAAAUACAGGCUCUUGAUUUAAGUAUCAAUGAGUUUUCUGGUGACAUCCCAGUUCAAAGUUUCUCUCCUCUGACCAACCUCACUUUUCUUAACCUCUCCUAUAAUUGUUUUUCAGAGAUUGACUUGUUUGAUUCCCAAUUCUUCAAAAGGUUUAAUUCUUCUAGUUUUCUUCAUUCUGGUGCUCUCCUGGAUCACAAAAGGUUUACAUUAAAGGCUAUCAUUCUAUUGGUUGGCUUUCCCAUCAUUGUCAUUUUGAUGGUAAUUUUCUUGGGAUGGCUUUGUUUCCAAAGGCCUGAUUUUCUACCAAGAAAAUUUCAAAGACGUAGGAGGUUUACACCAGCAAUUCUAAAGGCUGCAACUGCUGGUUUUUCUAUUAAGAAUUUGGUGGGGAAGAGUGAUGUUGUUCAUAUCUACAAAGGGAUCUUGAGAGAUGGUACUGAAGUGAAAAUUGAGAUGUAUUGGGAUGAUAUAUCAAGGGAUAACUAUCGUAAAUUUGUUGAAGAAUGUAAGGUUCUUUCUGAGUUACACCACAAGAACCUUGUUCGAGUUCUGGGGUGGUGCAGGAGCAGGAAAUUCAGGGCUAUUAUUACAGAAUGGACAAAAGAAGAGAAUGUUGAAAUGUGGUUAUCAGGGUCAGCUCCAACAUGGAAUCAUAGAUUGAAAGUGUUAAUGGGAGUUAUAGAAUGCAUGCGUUAUCUGCAAGAGGAAUGGCCUGAAGUUGACUAUGACCUCAAGACAAGUAGUGUUUUAUUGUCUGAAAAUAUGGAACCAUUAAUUUCAAGGUUCAAAGUUGGAGAUCAAAACAGCAGUCGAAGAAAGAUAUGUAAGUUUGGAGUUUUCCUGCUAGAGAUGAUACUAAACAAGAGGGUUGAAGAGGAGUUUGAUGGAGGUGAAGCUGGAUUUAUUAGGUACAUGAGAACCCUUCAUCCUGUAGAGUUGCAGCAGAUGAUUGAUGAGAAAAUGGAAGUAACUGAAACAACUUUUCAUCAAGUUAAACAGGUUCUAUCCAUAGGAUUAAUGUGCAUAGACCAAUCAAACAGUGAGCAGCCAAGUUUGGCCAUGAUAUUUAAUACUAUAGCAAGAGCCUACAGGGCUAGCCUUGUUUUGCCAUCUGCAAAUCAUAGAAUAUUUCAUGGAGAUAGAUUUAAGGGACACAUGCGCCUUCAAUCCAGAUAA